AUGGGGAGUCGUGAACAGUAUGAGUCGAAGCAAGAGUCAGUGGAGGGUCGUCUAGAGUAUGAGUCGAAGACAAGCAGUAGUGGCUCAGGGGUUCUGGGAUCUCUAGCAAUUGGACAGUCAGCUAAUGGUCUUAUUUCCAAAAAAAGAAAGAAAUCCCAAUUUACUAAGGUGCAUGGCGCUGUACGUAUUAACCAAGACAAUAAUGGUGUUAAGGGAGACGAUUCUAUAGUUAUACCAAAGUAUGACUUAAAUGACAUCAUCAAGGAAGAAUCCAUCAAGGGCUCCUCGUCAAAGACCUCUAGUCUCAUAACAUCGCUGACCGAGAUUGUUGAUAAUCAUAAGAAAAGACGAUGGACGACAGAUGUAAAAAUAGGAAAGGUUUCUACUACAGAAACAUCAGAGAAGGUAACGAAGCUAAAAAUGACCUUGAAAAAGUACGUUGGUAUAAAGGUGCGUGAGCUCGUGCAUCGUUCGGAUUACGAUGAGAUAUUGACGAUGGCUGCACGCUAUGAGGAACUAACCCGUGCUAAGGUAACCUACAUUUCGAGGCUGGCCACAUACGGGACUGUGAUAAGAGAAGGAUUCAAAGCCUCUCAGCGAGUGAAAACCGUGCACCAGCGUGUCAUAUUGCAUGAAAACGUGGCCAUAGAGAAGCAGAAAAGGGUGGACGCUGAGUUCGAGUUAGUCAAGGCUUUGGCUCAGAAAGGAGACAACUUGGCCGUCCAAAUAUUCGCAAUGAAGAAGGCGGUGUUGAAGCUUGAGGCCGAGAAGAAACAAGUUGAGAUUCAAUUCCAGAAGAGUGUCGAGAAUUUAUCAAGCGUUCUAGAGGAAUCGUCUCACGCAUACGAGAAGCAUCGUGUGGUUGUGCGCGAGUGGAAGGAGGUGCAAGCAUCUGCUGAAUAUUCGCUUGAGACCAUCGAGAAGGCAGAUGUCGUUUGGGUUCAGUUUCUCAACACUCUUACUUAG